CAUACUCUGUGUUGAGAAUGGAACCUUGGUGUUUAUUUGCCAGGAAUGUGGUCUUCACUUGAAAACUGUGUAUUAUUACAGAAAACACAUGGAGAGAGUUCAUGAAAAGAAACCAUUUCAGUGUAAACCUUGUGGACGGCAAUUUGAUAUCCGCAAUAAAUACAGCGAGCAUAUUUUGCGCUGGCAUCAUGGAGUAAGCUAUAAUCAACUCUGGAAUGUGGCUAAAACUGUCUGUGAAUAUUGUGGAAAAAUGAUUCCAACCUUACGUUUUUCAGCGCAUAAAAAAGCUUGUCCUAAAAACAAAGAUUUAGUGAAGCCUUUUCAAUGUGAUAUUUGUGCGAAAACAUUCUUUAAAAAUCAUAGUUUAAAAGCACAUAAGGAAUCCCAUACUGAAGGAAAUAACUUUGAAUGCAAUAAUUGUCGCAAGAAGUUUAAAACUGCUAGGAUUUUGGAGAAACAUAUAAGGUAUAUUCACUUGAAAUUAAUGAAAAUAAUUGAAUGUAAGGUAUGUCAUUUGAGGUUGAAUUCCAAAGCUCGACUUCAAAGGCACUAUCAUGAAAAUCCAGAAUGUGUCACAAAUGAAACUGUACUAGAUACUUAUUCAUGCUUAGACUGCAAAAAAAUAUUUUUUUGUCGCCCAAGACUGGUAGAACACCAAGCUCGGGUGCAUUCAAUAGGUGGGAAAAAAGUAACUUGUGACCUAUGUGACAAAUCUUAUAAUCUUAUAAAGGAUUUGAAAGCACACAUGAGGUUGGCUCACCAAAAACAUUUCAAGUGUCCAUUUUGUGAAAAAAAGUUUGGACAUAAGUACCACAUGGAGAACCAUAAAAAGGUUCAUACAAAAACUAAACCUUAUAAAUGUGACAUAUGUGAAGUGAGCUUUACACAUCAGGGAACAUUACAUUCACACAGAAAGGGGAAGCCUCAUUUAAAGAGACAAAAACAGUUGACUUCACUUUAAAUCUAAUUGCAUGUAUGUAUAGGAUAACCAUUGCAUGAAUCACUUUUACAAAUAACUUUCAUAGUUCUUUCUAGUACUUCAAAAGCAUUUAUUCUGUAUAAAUUGUACUUGUACCUUGAAAUGAGUGUGUCUCUUAGUAUAGUACAGCUCUCCUUAGAGGCAAAUUAGUUUUAGAAUAAAACAUUGAAUUUAUAUAUUUUAGAAAAAUAUGAACAACUGUUUUUCUGAGUCUUAAUCUCAGACGUUACGUCUUUGUAACAAAAUGAAUGAACUUCCGUCUGAGGAAAAUUAUGAUUCAUCAUUUGCAUGUGAGAAUUCUUCACUUCAGCAACCAGGAUGUUAAUAGGCCAUAACAUAAAGCAACCAAGACAUUAUGAAAUUCACCAGAUAAAGUCCU